AUGUCCUUUGCUGCUGAGAUCAAGAAACUCACCUAUAAGUUCCCCCAAUGCGACGAGCCUUCACUCUGGAAUAUCAAUCUCGAGCUAGGGUGGAAUACGCGCACGCUGAUCGUGGGCUCCAAUGGCGCGGGCAAAUCGACACUUCUAAAGCUGCUUAGCGGCAAAAACCUGUGUUUGACGGGCCACAUCCGUGUGAACGGGCUUGAUCCGUUCAGUCCACACUCCAUGCAUCAAAACGAGGCCGACGACUGCCAAAUCACCACAUAUCUGGGCACCGAGUGGUGCCACAUGACCAUCAUCAACCGCGAUAUCGGUGUGCAGGAGCUGCUCGACAGCGUGGGGUUCCAGCACCACCGUGCACGCGGCGAGAUCUUGAUCGACAUCCUGGACGUGGACGUGCGUUGGCGCAUGCACCGGCUGAGCGACGGCCAGAAACGCCGUGUUCAGCUUACCAUGGGUCUGCUUAAGCCCUGGCGCCUGCUGUUGCUCGACGAGGUCACCGUAGAUCUCGACGUGGUUGCACGCAGUCGUUUGCUGACUUUUCUCCACCAAGAGACCUGCGAGCGCCGUUGCAGCAUCCUAUACGCGACCCAUAUUUUCGAUGGGCUUGCCGAGUGGCCCGAUACCGUUAUUCACCUGUGCAAAGGUCGUAUCGUGCGCCAGCUGUCGUACGCGAACGAUGUCAAGUUCGACCCAGCCGCUCCCGUGCAAAGUGUCUCUCUUUCCCCACCUUCCAGCGAUAAUUCCGUCACACUUGGCUACGCCAAAUCCCUGCAUCCGCUUGCUGUAGCUUGGCUCACCAACGAUGAGUUCAAAACCUGCGGUCCUGGUUCAAACUAA